AUGGAGACUCCAAUACGGAUGGGCAAUGGUGCGAACUUAUACCUACCCAACAUGUCGUGGUUACAAGAUGCGACCCCCAUGGUCAAGACCCCGCGAACACCUCAGAGAUCAAGAUCCCACACACCCGAUCCCAACUCCUCGUCAAUAGUGAACCCGUCUUCCGCCCUACUGCAAGACCUGCUGAAGGAGCAACGUGCGUCACGAGGUGCCCGGACUGGUGGGCUAGAAGAGUUGGAGGAGAGUCCACAGCGUACGCCGGAGUGGUGUCAUAGCCAAUCCCUCACUAAUUCCCAGGAUGAACCGGGUUCCGAAAAACAGCAAACCGCAAAGCUGUCAUCGAAUGGCAGUGUGAGGCGUCCGCCGGAAAUGGGAGUCCGGGAAACGGAUCAGGUAGGUGUUGUGGUGCCGUACUUCUUGUAUGCCUGGCUGACCGAGUAUAAGUAUAUCUCGAAAAUCAGCAAACAAAACUUCGACCUCAAGCUGGAGAUCUUUCAUCGUGUGCAGCAGCUAUCAGUAUUGGAGAAGAAACUGGAACGGAUGCAAGAACUAGAGGAUGAACUCGAACGUAUGCGUGGCUUGGAGGAUGAGGUGCAAGAGCUUAGGGCCGCUGAGGAGGACAACCAAAGACUACGAGAGUCCAACGAGCAGCUGCGUCAGGAAAUUGACAAACGGGAUCAAGCCGUUACCGAAGCCGUGGAACUUAUCUGUCAACUAGAGGCUAGGGUGGAGGAACUUGAGAAGGAGAAUCCUCGGUCGUCGACGACCCAUCAUCCCUACGUUGAAUCUGGAGUUGCUACGCCCAGGAAUACGUCCACGCCCGAUAUCCCCGAGAGAACAUCCUCAAGGCGCGGUAUCAGGCAUGCAGAACGUCGCCGAGUCUCAUCCGGUUCCCGUAGUCUUCAGCGAGCGCCGUCCUUCCUGCUCGAAGAUAGCAAGAGCACGGCGGCGCUUCGAAGUCUUUAUGCGGAAACAGAUGAUACCCCUAUCUCUGUACCGACACCAAUCACAAAAUCCGAGAGCAUGAACUCUAUGGCUGAGACAGCUGAGCCAGAAUCACCAAGACUAAGUGCUCUAAGCGAGUGUAGCGAACUGAAUAUUGACGAUACUUUGGUCUCGGGAAACGGGUUUGACCAGAUCGAUAUUCCGGUACGGCGGCAGGAAACAAGCACUCAGGCCACGAACCUCUCGUCCGUCACCCUACGCAUGUCCGAUGCUGACACGGUUCGUGUAGACCAGUGGGUUCCCGAAGAGAUGGAUGAUACCUCUAAAGGCGGUACUACCCGGCGAAGGGACGUUUUUAAAGAGUCCCAGGCAUCAAGUCCGAGUAGCUCUAGCCGCAAAUCUAAGUUGGAAAGCAUUUUUGGAAGCGCACGGCUUCCCCCAACACCAGACACAAUGACUACAGCCUAUCCAGCCUGGGCCAAUAGCUCAUCCAACAGCACCAUCGCCGACAAGAGCCAGUCCGACCUGCGACGAUGCCUGACCCGAACACGGUCUGCCGAUGAGCUUACAGCGAGGCGAGGCUCAAUAACCAUGGAACCCAGAGAAAGCAUGGACUCGAACGUGAGCAAGGUCACAUUCCCACGGGCUAGUCUAGACGACAGGGACGAAGACCCUGCAAUCUUCCCACUGAGUAGCAUCCAGCAGCCCCGUUACGAUCCCUCCGCCAAUCAUGGGAUCUUCGCCGGAGAUUUUGAUAGGGUCCUCGCCCGAAUGAACAAAGACUACUAUUGUUCGUCUAGGCCAACCACUCGCGACGAAUUAACGAGUCUAGGCUCUUCGCCGCUAUCCAUGACCGCCGAGGACUGGAUCGAGGCAGCCCGCCCUGGCACAGGUCGUGUCCCUGUGUCCUCCCGAGUCGUAGGUGCACAUGCGCCCAGCCAGUCUUCAUUCCUAGGUCGUCGGCACAGCAUCGACUCCGCGGUUCGUGAGCCCACACUACCCAUAAUCCAAACUAUUAACCCGCGCGCUCUUAACGACGGUGACGCACCGCCCCUAACAGCAGGGCCUGAGCCCGAGGCACGCCGUAGAAUUAGCCUCAUUCCACCUUUCUUCACCCGCUCUGCCAAUGCUCGGCGACUCCAACCCUCCCCUAUUCCAGACCCUGCCGACAAAGAUGACGGCGCCCCAUCGCCGGUCAUCCGCAAGACGCGGAACCCGCCAUCCAGAACCCACCGCCCACUGUCUGGAGUCGGACAAGCAAGCGAAUUUUCUGCUUCUUCCGGCCCAUCAUAUGUCGAAGACGGCAUGUCCCGUUCCUUUACGGAAGCAAACAUCAACUCGCCGUCCCCUUCAUCAACCAGACCACCAACCUCCAAUGGCGGCAAAGACCAUCACAAACGCCGCGGCUCACUUGGCAUCUUCGGUUGGAUGAAGGGUGCCAGCGCUGGGUUGGGCUCCUCGCUCAAGAAGUCGGAUGUAUCACCGCAAAUCCAAACCUCAACAACCUCCAACAAACCGGAGACUCAGAUUACGGCACCCCCAACAGUAUCAACAGCACCUGCUUCCGCAAGCAUGACUGUCCGCGCCACGUCGCGCCUCGCGACUCACGAUAAUGUCACUCUUGCUGCAAAAGAACCUCAUAGCAAACCCACUGAAUCGGCAGCCGAGGAGUUGGCAACCUUUGCAACUCGAACCAGACAUCCAACGCGCUCUGACGAGCCCACUGAUGAGCAUGGGCGGCGUCCACGCUACAUGGAGCGACGGUCGAGACGAACUUGAUAUUUUCAGCACAGACCCUUCACACUCGGUAUUCCGUUUUACGUCCAUCCAAUAGAUUCACUAUCUAUACAUAAUUUACGACCCACAUCUCCUUUGAGCGGGACGGUCCGGGCAAAUACCAGCCCACCAACCUAAACUACUUCUUCCUGAUCUUAUGUGUCACGAUACCCAAUGAGCACUGCACGAGUACGAAUAUGAGCACCUACGUUCCGCUUCUGAUUUAUUAUCCAUUUGGCUUGACGUCGGAUAGUUGCGUUAGGAGCAUUCGUCAUAUGGUGUUGAGGACGCUAUAUCUAUUAUGUAUUUUAGUAUGACCCAAGCAUUAACCAAGUCAGAGUAGCAAAGCGACGAUGCUGAAAUAGGCCAUUGGUUCCGUCAUAAGUCCUA